AGCGACCCGAGCUACCCACACACAUCCUAUACCCAUCGGAUCCACCUUCCUUCGUGUAGAACGUGUGUCCUAUACCCCCUUUGUGCAACUUGUUUUCCUUGCCUUAGUACAUAUGGCAUGUCAGACGCGUGAAAUUGCAUCCUAAAGUUGGAAAUACUCUUGCCACCCCGAAAAACUACAACAUUAGCCUAAACGCAAGUAAUAAAUAGCUGGAUGAACAAGCUACCACCUCAAUGACAUUUUUCUCGGGCCGCCGCCAAAUUUGAAUGGCGAAUGCAACCACAAGACACAGGCGCGGGAGCUAGAGGAUAUGUUUGGGUCCGGCGUAAAGCUUGGUGAUCUGAGCGACUACCUGGAGACGAACCAGGAGUGCAUACAGCCGCUACUGAAUGCGAGUACUGGGAAGAUCAGCAAUGAAAAGGGCAGCACAAACGCCGUCUACGACCUCAGUCGCGGGCUGGCGACGGAGAAACCAAAUCUCAUUAAGUCCGCCCCCGGUGCUGGACCUGCAACAGCGAGCAAAGCGGAACGCAAUCCGGCUGAGGAUAGUACGGAGGGCGCCGGCACUUCGAAAAAGGCAAAGGCCGUGGUUGCCCUCAGCGAUUGCCUGGCUUGCUCCGGCUGUGUGACGUCAGCCGAAGCGGUUCUGCUAGAGACGCAGAGUUUUGACAAAUUCUUGUCCAUCCUGAAUGCAAGUAGAUCUAGCAGCUCUUCAUCUGUCUCUAGCUCCAACUUGCAACAGAAUGCGAGGUGGCAAGAACUACCAGCGAGUCGCUCUGGCGCCUUGCCGCACGCGACGCCAGGGUGGCGGUUCGGACCUAGUCCUCUAGUGCCACCACAACAGCCAGGCCUCGACGUAACGUCUCCGCAGCUGCAAAUCGGUGGUAGCAGUAGCAGCACGGCGCGGAAGACGGAAAUAUUUACGGGAGGACUCGACAAGAGCGCGGCGGGUGCCGGAGCUGAAGACAUCGUGCUGGUGUCCCUGUCACCGGAAUCGCUGGUGAACGUGCACCUAAAGUGGAAUCCGCAUGGUGGGCUCGUCCAAACGCUAGGAAAAUUGCAGUUCCUCUUUUCCUACCACGCGUCAAACCCGGUCUUUGUGACGGACACCCGCAUCGCCCACGGGGUGUAUCUGCGGGAGGUGUUCCGCGAACUGCUAGAAAGCGGCCGGCGUACGGAUCACGAUAGAACCCACUCGGGACGCGCGCAGCCCAUGGCUAAUGUCACUCCAUCGGUCGACGUGGUAAAAAUGCGUGAAGACAAGAAGAAACGAUCUGAAGUCGAUAAUCCUCAUCUCGCACAGCAGCCUGCAGAUGACAGGGUUCGUGUUCCUGGGGAAGGCGGUACGAAGAAGCAGAGUCAACAAACUAUUAUCGAACAGUUCGAUGCGAAAGUGGAAGCCGCUGCCGCGCGAGCAGGGGAAGGAACGCAGUCAAGGGACCAGCUGAGGCAGGGCAGUGCACAACAAGUUGCGAAGCCUGUGGGACCCAUUGUUGCGAGCUAUUGCCCGGGCUGGACGUGCUACGCAGAGAAGGUUGCGCCACCGGCCGUUGUGCCGCAUCUUUCGCAGAUACGCAAUCCCCUGGUCUUGCAGGGCCAUCUCGGCAAGCAACUGUUUCGCUCGCGCGCUUUUUUUGGCUUUUAUCGAAGCUGUUUUCACUUCGACACAGCCGCAACCGCGGUGGUCGGGAAUUUGAUGCGUCCGUAUGGGCCUCCACCGUUUAAUAACGCAGCUCUUGGCUUGUCUUUCGGGCAAAAGCUUUCACGUGAACCUGGAAUACUGAAACGGCCGGCCCUGAGGAACUUGCAGCACGUGGUGAUUGCGCCGUGUUUCGAUCGGAAGAUUGAGAGCAUGCGUCCGGAAUUCCGGGACACGCUGGACUUGGUCCUUGCUACGCGCGAGCUCGAAAAAUUCUUGGAACCCGAGGCGCUUCCGGAUGACUUUUCCCGAAUCGCAAGGAGACUUUUGCGGGAUCCUGCGCGGCAGAGCCGCGUUGUCGACCUCCUGGCGUGUAGUGAUGCCACAGGCAACUGCAACCUGAAAGCUCUCUGGCGUGGUCACGGAGACUCGCUGGACGCGCAUGGGCCUUUCUUCACAAAGCUCCGGCGAUGGCUAGCCCAUUUGUGGACCUUCUUCAACAGUAGCCUUGCGGAGAACGACGAUACUAGUUGCAAUCACACUUCUGCUUCGAGACAAGAACCGAACAGGAAUGUAAUUGAAGGUGGGCAGACAAAAAAACGUCAUCUGGCAGGAGACUCUCCUCGCGGGAAGCUGCAUGCAUUGUUUUCCAACGGUCUGGCCCUGUGUGGUCUUCUUGCUCCCGGCACUGCUGCGAGUUCUUUUGCCGGAGACUGCGAGGCGCCUUCUACUAGAGAAAAUAAAGAUUACCGUGCUGCCUCAUCGCCGCCGAGGUCCUGGAUCGACUUCUGUUUGCCAUCGGCCGUAACGAGGCCCUGGAGAGCCAUGCGGGACCAGGAGCGUAGAUUGGAUUUUAUCCGGACCGAGUUCGCAUCUUUGUCCGAAGACGAGCAAUUGGCGCGGCUGUUUUUUCACGUGCUCCCUGCCCUGCCCGUCGAGGAUGUAACAGGACGGACGAUAACAGAGGUGAAACGCCACCUGCUGCUCGACGAGGCGCUCGCGCUGCAUCACGCUAUCAAACGAGAGACCACGGCCGCUGCAAUCGCAAUGCCCGAAGCUGCGCUCCCGGAGAGCGAAUUCCUGGUGAGCGGGGGCGGUUCGGCUUCGUACAGCGAAGAAGAAAAAGACCCGGCCGCCAGCUACCGCCCUCUGCGGCAGGAUCCGUUGCUGGCGAAGUACGGCUCCACGCUCCGCGCCUCGGGCUUCAAAAACAUUCAGAACGUAGUGUCCAAACUCGUGUCCUCCUCCGCUUCGUCGCUUGCCGCGUCCACCAAGCCGAAAAAGGACGAUAUCCGCUUCAUCGACGUGGCGGCGUGUCCCAGCGGCUGCCUGAACGGCGGGGGUCAGUUCCCCCUCGAGCUCGACCGCAUGCAGGCCUUCUGGCGCGGUCUGCCGUGGGACGACCAACUCUUGCAGCCGGACGAAGGAAACUUUGACACGGGUGGCGGCGUCUACUACAAAAGUCUGCGUGCACGCGACGGCGAAGAUGAGGUCACGUUUGAUCGCGGUAAGGCAGCCCCUACGCUGAAGUGGUAGAGUGCGGCAAGAAUCACGUGAUUGCCAGGUUCUUGAUUACCAAUAAAAUAUAAUCAUAUUUGCGUGGCACAAGUACUUAAAUUCAGCCAGCAAGAAGCGACUCAUCAAUAUGCGACGCCAGGGCACUGUUGGUGCCAUCCGAAAACCACGAUAGCGAAUGCAUAGUCGUCGAC